GGACCCAAAAGACGUGAUUUGUGACCGUGUAUCACCGUAAAGAUGGCCAAAAGUCAGCAUUGUAAGAGGACGCACAGUGAGGGAGGGUGCGCUUCAUUGUGACGUAGCGCCGCUCGCUCCAGCCCUGCGCCUCUGUUGCGCUCAGUAUCUCCAGCACUAAAUCAACCCAAACGUGGCGAGCGUUCAGCGUGAUUUGACAUCGUGAUAUCUAGGAAUCAAGGAGAUGACAUUGAUCGUCAACAUGUUGACCUUCCACCAGGAGAUCCUCUUUAACCUUUUCUUUAAUGUUCCUCACUUUCCAAAACCCCGGAUUGGCAUUGGACGUGUGAACUAAAGUCCUCGGAAAACUACGUUCUGCAAAUAUCCAAAUAUUCUUCAUCCUCACCCACACUAGGAGAAGAUGGACAGUCCACCUAAGCUAGCCGGGGAGACUCUUAUUGUCCACCACAUUCCGCUGGUUCACUGCCAGGUUUCGAGCUCAAGACAGUGCUGUGGUAGUUCAUUGAAAAGGAACAGUAACCCCUUUAGCUGCCCGGAGAAUUUGGGAUUGAGCCGGACCACCUCCCUACCUGAGAGAGACAUUCUUCAGCGGGAAGCUUUGGUGUACAGCAGCCUCAUACAGACGUCGAGCAGCAGCCUUAGCUCUAGUGACACUUUUGGGGAUGGAGGGAUGAGGGGAGGAGAGACACAUGGAAGAGGAGGGAGAGAAGGGAGUAUGGCAAGCGACACUUCCUCUUUCACCUCGAGCAAUUCUGAAGAUCAGGCUCAAGGCCUGCAGAUAAAGACACGUGAACGGCCGAACUCGAGGCGUAACCCCUUUCUGCUCAACACCGAAGAUGAAGAUGACGACGAGGAUGAAGACAAUCUGAAUGGAUAUUUGGAAGACUCCUCCUUUCACCUGCAUGGAAAUUCACAUGACAUCUCAAAUGCAGCACUUGCAAAUGAAGACUUGCCGCCGUUCCACCUGCAUGACCUUGGGUAUACCGCUGAACCUUUUCUAUUGCAUGGCUCUACAGAAAAACAGUGGAGAUCCACUAAUGGACCUAGUGGGGAAGCAGAGAGCAGAGACCACACAAUAGGUGAGACUUUCGUUUUAUCUACUCGCAUGGAAGGCCUGAACUUGCUGAGAUUAGAUAGCCAGCGGCGCCACGGAAGCAGUGGUUCUACCCUUUCAAUGGACUGUGGUGAGCAAGAAUGGGGGGAGGAUGAUGAUUAUGAAGACCAUUCCAUGCAGGGCGGCAGAGGAAGCUCAGAGUGUUCCAGUCUCGCAGCACCACAUUGCUCCUGUUGCGGCCUUUCUCAGCCAUACCCUGAACCUUUUCACGAAUCGUUUUCUGAGUGUCACCAGGGCUACAGCAGUGAUUCCUCCUGCAAUAGCUCCGAUGGAGUGCUGGUUAACUUCAGCACGAUUUACAACAAGAUGAACAAUGUUGUCCCGGCCAAACAGUCGCUCAAUAUCAACAGUUCCGCCGAGCAAUCCUGUGCCUCUUCUGUGUCUGAGCUCAUUGGGAUGUGUGGAACAGAAUGUAGCAGUGGACGUGGCGCUUUCUACCUGGACUUACACACCUCCCCGAUCGAACCCCAUCAGCAUCCUUUGGCCACUCAAGAACAUGCAAAUACUUCUUCUGUAUCUCAGCCUCAAGGUGCCACUAUGGAACUAGAUGCCAACUGUAACUCGUACCACAACCUUCUCGGAAGCGAGGUGCUGUCCUCUGCUGAAGCCUCUGCCAAUGAGCUCACCUCGUGUCUUCAAAGCCAAGCUCGCUUGAUUGUAGCAACGCAGAAUUACUACAAGCUUGUGACGUGUGACCUUUCUUCCCAGUCCUCUCCCAGUCCAGCAGGAUCAUCGGUCACAAGCUGCUCAGAUGAGCACAGCAAAGGAAGUCCCACUCAGCCAACAGAGUACUACCUAUUCCAACAAAUGAUAGAAGAUGAAGAAGAGGAAGAUGCAGAGAAUGAAGAAAAGGAUCCAAGUGAGAUUGACUCUACCCGUGAGAAUGUAAUUGAGGGGCAGGUGUAUAUCAACAUCUCCCCACCUACGACAGCCUGCAAUUCAGUUGGUGCUUCGGGGAGCGGUCGACCUCGUUCUCGUAGCUACGAUCGGAACUUGGACAAGUCUCCAUCUCCUCGCCUUGGAUCCUUGGAGCGCAUGCUCAGCUGCCCUGUUCAGCUCAGUGAGAGUGCAGCCCCGAGCCCGCCACCUCCACCACGUGUCACUUCUUUUGCAGAAAUUGCAAGAAAUAAGAGGAGAACUGGAGGGUCACCUUCGCAGAAGGGUGGGAUGGAGGCCACGUCCAUGCGCACUCAUUCAUCUGGAGAGUUCUCGCCCAUCCUGGAAGACCUUCCACAGGGUGAAAGCCACAGUUUGCCACCGCUCACUCGAUGCCAUAGUCAAGGAAGCUGUGAUUUGUCCUCCCCGCAUAGACCGCGGAGUACACCACUGCGAGAAUCACCGGGGGGAGCGGGAAAACAGACUCGAACUAAAGCAGAAGGUGGCCUGUCUAGCUCCACAGACUCCUCUCCAGUUGUAAUUCGUUAUAACAAAGAUCAACGUCCGACCUCGUUACCCAUUCAGCCUUUCACUUUCCAGCACCAGUUUGGAAAACCACAGGCGAAACCUCUCCUUCCUCUUCUGGACGGAUACAUCAGCCAUAUGCAGACUCGAGGGACUGCGGCGCCUGAGGGAGGUGAAGAUGACUCCGAAGAAGAUCGUAGGCCACCACACGGCAAAUCCAACUCACGUACAACAGUGCGGCCAUCCCCACUGGGCAGUUACUCCCCAGUUCGCCUCCAAGGUGCACCCACCUCUUCUGGAACCUGCUCCACAUGCACUCCGACCCCAGGUGGUCCAAAGCCGCCACGUUCCCUCUCUUGCCCCAUCUCUGCAGGUCUUCUGCCCCAGCAUACCCCACCUGGAAUGACCAUAAGUACAGAGACUCCUAAACUCGCUCCCUUACCUCCUACACCGCCUCCACCUCCUCUGAUGAAGCAGAGUCCGCUGAUGCCUGCGUUGCCCACUAGAAAUCACUGUUUCCACCGUGGCAAUUUGCCAACCCUUCCCAGCUCUGGGCUCAGUCCUCUAGCAUCACAGGAAGAGCCAGUGAAGGUUUUACCAGCAUGUGUGACACAGCGACAGCCUAAUGUGCACCACCUCUCCCCACAGGCAUUGAAAUGGAGAGAGUACAGACGCAAGAACCCUCUGGGUGUGGAGCGUGGUAAAGACGGCCCUCAUUCUUUCUCUUGUGCUUUGGAAACCAAGAGACCUGGAACUCGUGUCAUGCGACGCAAUGUGUUUGAUUUCCCUCCCACCAAUCAACCACUAAGCUUCAGCAGACUGAAUGGUCAGUCAUUGAGGCAACUGCCGCAGUGCUACAGUGACUUCCUGCCUGAUUACUUCUCUCAGACGGAGCGCCCCCCAGAGGAAUUCUGCUUAUCUCCUGAUGCUAAUACUGACAAAUCCAUUUCUAUAGACCUGUUGCAGAAGAGAGGUUUGGUGAAGGCCAUAAACACAGCAGUGGAUCUGAUAGUGGCUCAUUUUGGCACCAGUCGGGAUGCAGGAGUAAAGGCCAAAUUGGGCAAUAGCUCUGUAAGUCCGAACGUGGGUCACCUUAUUCUAAAGUACCUCUGUCCUGCCAUUCGUGAGAUACUGCAUGAUGGCCUGAAAGCGUAUGUACUGGACCUGAUCAUCGGACAACGCAAAAACCAGCCCUGGAGUGUGGUGGAGGCCUUCACACAACUCGGUCCCUCUACACGGGUUUUGCACAGUCUGUUUUCUAAAGUCAGUCAGUAUUGUGAGCUGACCAAUCACAGUAUGAGACUCAAUGCCUUCAUCUUCGGCCUGCUAAACUUGCGAUCUCUGGAAUUCUGGUUCAAUCACAUCUACACACAUGAAGACAUCAUAGCAGCACACUACCACCCAUGGGGUUUCCUACCCCUGUCUCAAGGGGCCUGCCAGCCACUGUUUGAAGAGUUGCUGCUCCUUCUUCAGCCGCUCUCACUGUUGCCCUUUGACCUUGACCUGCUAUUUGAGCCACACCAACUACAGAAAGGGGAAGAACACCUGAGACGCAAAGAACAGCUGUGCUCUGCUCGCCAAGGCUUCGACCAAUCAGAUUGCUCCACCUUCCAGCUCAUGCGAGGCUGUGGAACGUUGGAGUCUGGAGUGCAGGAAGUGGGAAUGCUGCCUCGGAGAGAAAGCUUCAUCUUGAGAGAUGAGGACAGCCGGCUUAGGCUAGAGGGAGUGACAUUAAAAACGAAACGAGAUGGGUGGAAAAGUUCGGGAGUAGAGCGUGAAUCACGAGAUAAGGAGGCUGGAGUUGGCAAAGAGUGUUUGAGAAAGAGUGAUGGAGGACAGAUAGAAGGCGGCGGGUGGUGUGGUGGCAGGAUGAAGGGAGUUGGAGAAGACUGUGAGAAGGAGAAAAGGAAAGGAAGAGAUGGAGAUGGAGCCAAACAGAGAAACAGACAAGCUGGCUGGUGGUACCAGCUGAUGCAAAGUUCACAGGUUUACAUCGACAACUCCGCUGAGGGAUCAAAAUUUGUGAAGUGGGAGAAGAGGAGGAAAGGUGGUGUUGAGAACCACCGGCAAAGCCAUCCACCUCCAAGAGAAGGUGUGGUUGAGGGGGCCGAGGCCAUUCAGCAGAUGGAUGAACAGGUGGAACAUGGUCAGACCAGAAGUAGCAAUAUUAAUACUGUUGGCAAUGGAGUCCUCCACCAAUCAGCAUUGUCAGAACCCAACAAGGUCGCUAAGGGGAAGCCAUCGUGGAUGGGAAGUCCACCGGAAUCAGUGCUCACUGAGCUGAAGAAGAGUAAGGAGAAGCAGCCAGACUGCCAGGACGCCUAUGAAGGGGUUCAGGCCCAGCCAGGAGCAGGGGAGGAUGGGUCGGCACAGGUGCUCCGCUGGGGUCGGCUGUUUGGAGCUGGAAACACAAGCAAGAUGGAGAAGAGUGAGCCGAAACAAGUCAGAAAACAAAGAUUGCCGUCUGGUUGGUUGAGUCUCGACCGUUCUGUGCUGGAUCUGGUGGCUCAGUCGGUUGGAGUGGGGAAAAGAGCGGAGCAACAAUCUCUUACGUCUCAAAGCCAAGAAUCCCACCUUGGCCCAACUGAACAAGCACAAACACAGAAUCCACCGACACGGAGACAAGCCCCACGUAAAGUGAAGGCGUUAUGCCAUCAUAUCGCCACAGAGCCAGGGCAGCUCAGUUUCCACAAAGGUGACGUGCUGCAGGUGCUCAGCAGGGCAGACUCUGAUUGGCUGCUUUGUGCUCUGGGUGACAGCCAGGGACUUGUUCCCAUCAUAUACGUCACCCUGAUCGAGGACAGUCAGGAGCGCUGAAACUCAGGGUGUGAGAUGCGGUCGGGGACAAAGAGGAGGGUCACUGCUUUUCUGAAUAUAAAAUCUGCUGCACAAGGGAGUCUGACGGAUUCAUUAUGUGCUUGCAUGUGUAUGUAAACACCAAUACACCAGUGCACACACACACAAACAUCACACUUUGCUGUUGUGAAAGCACCCUCUUUGUUUCAGUGAACAGCAUUGAGCCAACCAGUGAUUAGAAAGUGUAGAUCUAGUUACUGAGUAGUAGUGCAAUUGUUUGCAAUGAGCCAUCAGGUUUUGCAACUUAGCUUGUAAUCAUAAAUGUCAAUAGCCUUUUAAAAAAGAACGAAAAAACCAAAUGAAGUCGUUAGAUGACACUACUGGCACAUAUGCCUUGUCUUUACUAAAUACUGUACGAUUUUAUGUAAUCUAGAUGUUAACCAAUUCAUGUGUUGUGACCGAGAGUGUGUGCACGUGCCCUUCAGAGGCCGUGUGUAAACCGGAUGUAAUUCGUGAACAUCUCUUUCCGUGCAAAUAACUGUAUGAAGCUGAAUAGUACAUCACUGAAAAGGGAUGCCUCGGUUUUGAAGUCUACGGAAAUUAAAGCUCAUUAACAUGUUGAAAAAGACAAAAUAUUUUCCCCGCCUUACAGGCCAAGGGAAAUCAACCUGUCCAGAUGCAUUUUUUUUUUCUCCAACCUGUGCUGCUUUGACAGGUAAAUCGAUCCGCUGAUGCUAUCCCCACAAUCUGUGUUCGUUCAUUUCAAGCUUUUUUCACUAAUAAGGGAGAGUUUACAGCAAGAUUGCCUGCAUGUGACUGAGUGCAUCACAAAUGUUUUGCUUUUCUGAUACUUAACGAGUUGCUCAAUCUUUAACCUUAAUUGUUCUGUUCCUUCCUAUAUUAACUUUUGCACAAUCUGCAAGAGAUAUAGAAAGGGAAAAUGUAUCUAAUGUUUGUCUGCUUUAGAUUUUUGGUUGUUUUGAUUUGGUUUAAGGAGUCUGUUUGUCCUAUAUGUGACCCUGGACCACAAAACCAGUCUUAAGUGUCAAUUUUUCGAAAUUGAGAUUUAU